AAAAUAAAAAUGAAACAGAUCCGACAAGCUUUUUGGAUAAUGGAUUACAUUGGGACGCUCACAGAAUAGGAUGGACUAUCUCGGGUGUAUUCGCAUUUGUCGCAACAAUUAUUUCAUUCUAUUUAAUUAUAAGACAUUUACAAUUUUAUCAUAAGCCAAACCAUCAGCGAUACAUUGUUCGCAUUCUUUUCAUGAUUCCAAUAUAUUCUAUCAUCUCUUGGCUAUCUUACAGAUACUUUCGUUAUAGUACUUAUUAUGAAACAAUUCGAGAUUGUUAUGAAGCUUUUGUUAUUGCCGCUUUUUUUACUUUACUUGUUCAAUACGUUGGUGAUUCGCCCGAGGAACAAAAAAAAAAAUUACGCGGUCGUAAAAAAGCAAAGCUUCCAAUGCCCUGUUGUUGCAUUACUUAUAGUCCAACUGGCCAUAC